AUGUUAUUACAUUACGUGCGUGAAGUUGUGCACGAGAAUUUCGUGACGCGGAUACGGAUUUGUCUGCGCGUCGUCGUCGGCAGGUGUGGUGGGCCUGCUGCUGGUGUGGAGCGAGCGCGACACCGAAAACUCCCCGCUCCGCGUCCCGUGCGCCGGGACAGAUGGCAUUCCGUUGAACAGCUGAUGACGACCGUUCAACCGUUGCUGGCAUCAGCGUCGUCGUCACCAUCGUCCAUCCCGUCUGAGGCAGCGGCGCGUCGGUCGUCGCCGACGAUGGCAAUAGUCGUAGAACGUACGAGGGGAUUUCGGGGAGAUCGUGGGCCGCGCCGACCGCCCGUUAUAUUUUAUCUCCGCUCUCUUUUCUUUUGA